AUGAUGCUCCCUAACCCCGCCACCUCCACCCCCUUCUCGGUCAAGGACAUCCUUAAACUGGAGCAGCAACGCCUCAGCGGCCCCCUCGAGCCACCCUUCCGCGCACCUGCCUCCUGCCUGCUGGAGUGCCGCAGCUUCUCAGACGGGGAGGACGACGAAGACGAGGAGGAGAAGCUGCCUUUCCUAAGCUCCAUGGCAGCGGCAGCAGCGGGGAAGAGCCCAAGGGAUGGGGGGCUCUCCCCACGGAGCUACGUGCAGGCGGUGCUGCGGAGCACCUGCGAGGCCAAAGGACUUGCGGAAGAGGGAGAACCGGCACUGACUUCUGGAGCCGUCACCUCUCUCUCUCUCUCUGUCUCCCCUCUCUCUGCAGGGAAGGAGCCCGCGGUGGAGUCGUCGGAGCGGCCCAAGGCGCGUGGCCGGAGGAAGCCGCGGGUGCUCUUCUCGCAAGCGCAGGUCUUCGAGCUGGAGCGGCGCUUCCAGCAGCAGCGCUACCUGUCGGCUCCCGAGCGCGAGCUCCUGGCCAGCAGUCUCAAGCUCACGUCCACACAGGUGAAGAUCUGGUUCCAGAACCGGCGCUACAAGUGCAAGCGGCAGCGGCAGGACAAGGCCCUGGAAUUGGGCGGCCCGACGGUUGGGGCGCCGGCACCGCCACAGCAGCCCCCGCCGCCCCGUCGGGUGGCCGUGCCUGUGCUAGUGAGGGACGGCAAGCCCUGCCUGGGCGGCUCGCAGGCCUACAGCGCGCCCUACAAUUCCGCCGCCGCCUACCCUUACAACGGCUUUCCCAACUAUGCCUAUGGCGGUUCUCCGGCAGCGGCUUAUGGAGCCGGCUACGGCUGCAGCUACCCCGCGGCCAACAGCGGGGGCCCGUCGGUGCAGCCGCCUGCCGGUCCUUACGUGAACAUGGGUGGCUUUGCCGGCAGCGCUCAGCCCUUGCACCAGGGGGCCGCCGGGCCUUCGUGUAGUCAGGGCAUCCGAGCCUGGUAG